AUGGCACCUUCGCCGCCAAGAAGCAAGGGGAACGAGGCAGCGCCCGUUUGCCACACUCAAAAGGAGUUCUCCGGGAAUUGCGGGGCGCCAGGAACAGGAGGUAGCGCCGCGAGCAUCGCAGCGGCAGCCUCAUUUUCAGGGCACGUGUCGCUGUACGAUAGGACGUCUGCUGCUACGCCAGCUGCAGCGUCAGCUGCCGCGUCAGCUCCUCGCGCGCCGUUGCUGCUAGUGGAGUGUAGACGCGGGAGGUCGUCGCCUUACGACAGAGAUAGAGGGGGAAACAGAGAUGGAGAGGGAAAGAGGGAGAGAGGUGGCAGCAGGGAGAGAGGCGGGAAUGGCGACGCGGGGAGGAGUGGCGGACCGCUGGGUGCGGGUGGCGAUAAGGCUGACGUGGCACAACAUCCGUACGCGAUAAAGAUAGUGACUCCACCAGCCAGAGAAUUGGGGAUUCAUUGCCUGCCUCCGAACACGCAGUGCGGCGAGACGGUGGAGAUAGAGGGUGAGAGCUACGUGGUGCUGGGGGUGACGUAUCGAUACCGGCUGCACAAGGGCCGGUACACCGCCAGGGAGCGACAGCUGGACGUGCAAUCCCGAGGAAGGUUCCUCGUGAACAUGUACCUCACUGACAUGCUGGAUAGGUCGUGA